GCCAGCCUCAGACACCAUGUCGCCGAAGAAAGCCAAGAAGCGGUUAGAGGGCGGAAGCUCCAACGUGUUCUCCAUGUUUGAGCAGACCCAGAUCCAGGAGUUCAAGGAGGCCUUCACAAUCAUGGACCAGAACAGAGACGGCUUCAUUGACAAGAACGACCUAAGGGACACGUUUGCUGCCCUCGGACGAGUGAACGUGAAAAACGAAGAGAUCGAUGAGAUGAUCAAAGAGGCUCCAGGUCCAAUUAACUUCACCGUGUUCCUCACCAUGUUUGGGGAGAAACUUAAAGGAGCUGACCCGGAGGAGACCAUUCUCAACGCCUUCAAGGUGUUUGACCCCGAAGGCAAAGGGUCGCUGAAGGCCGACUAUGUCCGGGAGAUGCUGACCACGCAAGCAGAGAGGUUCUCCAAAGAAGAGAUCGACCAGAUGUUCGCAGCUUUUCCCCCUGACGUCACCGGCAACCUUGAUUAUAAGAAUUUGGUUCACAUCAUCACCCACGGAGAAGAGAAGGACUGAGCCCUGA